AUGGAUGCUCAAGACAUAGAGAUUGAUAAACCACUAACCCCACAUAUCUCAGAAGAUGAAGAUGGGGGAUGUGUAUCCGACUCUGAUAUUUAUUCAGCUGAACCACAAUACUUGGAAUCAACGACAUUGUUCAAGCAACCGGAGACCAAGCCCGUCCUCGGUGAUGGGCUCAUUCUUGAAGUGAACAGGAUUUUUGCCAGUCUGACCAAGAUCGAGGCAAAAUGCAUUGAGCUGGUCAAUAAAUACAUCGGAUCCGACCCGUCGAACAAGCAGUGGCAAGAGAUGAUAUCCUUGCAUCGAACUUUGGUCUAUAAGCAUGUCGACCUCUAUCUUGCAUCGCAACACCCUUCUGCCGAUAACGAGUUGAAAGAGCUUCCUAAGAGUAAUGAUCUGCCCGCGCGAUUGUGGUUUCAUGGCAUUCACUCACUCUUGGAGCUUCUUCGAAAACAGCUCCCAGGUUCCCAGGAAUAUAUGCUUGCGUUCUUCUACCUCGUCUACACGAUGAUGACGCAAUUGCUUGAACGCGUCGAGAAAUAUUGUGAGAUCUGGAUCGAGUGCCUAGGAGAUCUAGCGCGAUAUCGCAUGGCUAUCGAAGAGUCCGACAAGAGAGUCCGGGAUGUUUGGGCUGGAGUCUCGCGACAUUGGUACAACGUAGUCGCUGAUCGUAGCCCCGAAGAAGGCCGUAUUCAGCAUCAUCUCGCUGUGUUGGCGCGGCCUGGCCUACUUCAGCAGCUUUUUCACCACACUAAGGCGCUUGUGAGUGUACGUCCUUUUGCCAAAUCACGGGAGAGUAUGAUUCGCCUUUUGAGCCCGUAUAAUGCACAGGACGCCUUGGAUCAAGAUACAAUACCUGCUGCCUUUAUCGCCACUCAUGCUGCCUUGCUCAACGAAACGCCUUCCGAUCAAUUCAUUACUUUGGCGAAUCAUUUCUUGUCCCUCUUGAGAGAGGAACUUCGCAGCGAGGGCUAUGACGGUCAAACAGGAGUGUACAUUAUGUCGUGCAAUUUUGCGUCUCUGCUUCAGUACGGCGACCCGAAAGCUAUCAUGGCGAUAAAGUUUGGGAAAAAAGAGAAGAACCGCACCAAGAAGGACGGAGAACCAACAGACCUAAGCGUCCAUCUCCCGCCCAUGAUGGCACGAGGCAGUGCUCUCACCUUUCACACACUCUCUGUUUUGCUCGACAACCAUAAUCCUAAGACCUACGCAGGUGCACAUAUCUCAAUGUCGUUCGUAUGGAGCCUAGCAGCACAUCCGGCCACUAUGCAGCAAGUUUACAAAGUCAUUCCUUGGGCCAAGAUUGUGAGGUUCCUGAACUCCCUUGUUGGUCCCGAGACCAAGUUCGGCAAGGUGGAAGAUAGAGCUUUCCCACUGCACGAUGGGGUCGCGUGCCAACUACCCGAGGACUUUAUAAUUCGUGGUCAAUCGUGGAGCCAACACUAUUUCCCCAGCAACUUUUUCAACGAUGCCCCCCCUGAGGCUGAGAGAUACGGUAUUGAACAGCGGUCGAUUACUAUCCUUCGCAGGCACAGGUGCCUCUGGCUGGGGGUGCAAAUUGCAACGGUCGGUGAUUGGAUAGCAUACAACAACCGCAAGUUCGAAAUUACCAAGUACGCAUCUAACUACGCGCUAAUUGCGGAGAGUUUUGGUGGGCUUAACAGCAAGUCACUCGAGUCCUCUUUUGUACGCGCCUGA